AUGCCGAAGCUCCAGAAGUAUUGUACUUGGUUCCACGAAAUUCCAGUCCCUCAUUUACCAACAAGCCUAGUUGUUUGGUUUCCACAUCCAUACGGGCAAAUGGCUGACUCAGGGGGAUCACCAAAUGAACAGCGUCGUAUUCUAUGUUAUUUCAGAUUCCCGACCCUGUACUGGGUGCCAAAGAAUGCCAAGGACAAGCCGGUGCCAUAUUCGGGUGGUCGCGAAGUGGACGAUUUCAUCAAAUACAUUGCCAAGCAUGCCACCGAAGAGCUGAAGGGCUACACACGAGAUGGCAAGCCAAAAGCGAAGGAAGAGCUGUAA